AUGCACUCUCACGCCUCACACCACCCGUGCAGGAAUCUGAGCCACUCAAGCCUCACGGGCACCAUCCCUGAUUCCUUCACCUCGCUCUCCAACCUCAUUUUCCUGGAUCUGAGCUACAUCGGGGUGGCUGGGGAUCUGAGGUACACAGGGGUGGCUGGGUCAGUGCCAUGGGGCGUCAACAGCCUGGGGCAGCUGCAGGCCUUGUACGGCACCCCCAGCAUCUUCUGCAAUGACAGUGCCACCUGCCCUGCCGCCUCUCCACCGCCCGACAGCCCGUUGCCCGCUGCUGCACCGCCAGCCAACUCGUCUGCGCCCAACACCACCUGCCACGUGUGCCAGAGCUACUGCCUCGGCUGCUCCUCCUCCCCCUCUGCUACGGCCAUCGACUCCACCAGUGGUCUCUCCGCAGGAGCCAUAGCAGGCAUAGUUGUGGCGGCACUCCUUGCACUUGUCGCCCUCGCCCUCCUCCUCUGGUUCCUCUUCCGCCCAACUGAACCUGCGUGCAAGCAAUACUCCCUCGCUGAAAUUCAGCAGGCCACCAACUUAUUCUCGGAGGUGAAAGCGAUGGCGCGGCUGCAGCACCCAAGGCUGGUGCCACUGCUGGGGUAUUGCAUCGACUACAAUGAGAGCAGCCGGCAGAUGGAGCAGAUCAUCGUGUCUCAGUUCAUGCCCAAUGGGGACCUCUCACACAGGACAGGUGCAGGAGCCAAGCCCAUGUCGCUGCAGCAGAGGCUGGCAGUGUUGGUGGACGUGGCGGAUGGGCUGAGCUUCCUCCACAGCCGUCGGAUCGUGCACCGCGAUGUCAAGCCGGCCAAUGUGCUGCUAGAUGCCAACAUGCGGGCGAAGGUGGCGGAUUUUGGGUUCAUGAGGAUGAUGGAGGCGAGCAAAGUGAACCCCACGAGGGUGAUGGGCACACCGGGCUAUGUGGACCCCGAAUACCAUGACACGCACCUCGCCACCACCGCCACUGAUGUCUACAGUUUUGGAGUGCUGGUGCUGGAGCUGCUGACAGGCAGGGACCCCAUUCUCUCUGUUGAUGGCUCUCAGUCACACAUCCGGGAAUGGGCGACAGCAGAGCUCUCUAGCAGUGACGUUAGCUCCAUCAUUGACCCGCUGAUGGCCUCCCCAGCUGCCUCUACCAGUGACGUUAGCAUGGUGCAUGCUGACGUCAUGCAGAGCCUUGCAUCCCUGGCGCUGGAAUGCACUGCCAUGCCCGCUGCCUCGCGCCCCUCCAUGGCCAAAGUGCUCUCACAGCUGAAGCAGCUACACCAGGAGGUGGUCAGGCGGGAGGGGGAGAGUGGGUUGGAGCAUGGAAGCGGGUUUAUAGGGGUGGAUAUGGGGGUGGGAGGGGUUGGAGGAGUGGGCGGGGCGGUCAAGGAGAAGUGGGAGAGCCCAGCAGAUGGGCCAUCAGCGGUGAGUGUGACCCCGGUGACGGCUGUGAGGGAUACGACGGGCAGCUUGGAAGGGAAUGAGUGCUCGAGUGCGAGUGGAAGCAUUGCUGGUCAUCGCACCUGA